CGACCCGGCAGCAUCAAGUGAUAAUGCCAGAUGGUACGACAAAACUUGUUUUUAACACACAUCCUCGAGUGCCGUCAAUAUUAGCACAAACAUAUUACUUACCAUCAUAGAACAGGACCUUGAGUGAUUAUUUGAAGCACAAUUCGUAUGCCAGUGAUUUUCGACGAUACAUUUUACAUUCGGUUGUUUGUACAUUAGCAUUGUGAAGCUUUUGAAGUGAAUUUAGACGCCCUUUUCUAACUUUAAAGUGAAUUCAGCAGCCGGCACAAUGAUACUGUGUCAUGAAGGAAAACUCAGCUUGUGGUGCUUCCUUGGAGGAUUGUCCAGUUUGUUGGUAUUCUAUGGAGUAGACGCUUGGUGGAGCGAAGAGGCGAUUUGGACCAAAGUUGGCCUGGUUCUGGGAUAUUAUGUGGCUCUAAACGUAAUCAUAAAAAUAAGAUACAAGCCGCGCGAUUAUGCAGUUGCGGUGCGAGCUACCUUCUUGGGAUCUGUUUUAUCAGCCGGCAUUGUUGUGUUUGUAUACGCUGGCGAACGAUACAAACCAUUUGGUAUUUACGCCACACUUAUGGCACUUUUUCAUUACUCCGAAUAUCUGGGAAUUGCCAUUUGCAAUCCUAAAACCCUAUCACCGGAUUCCUUUAUAUUGAACCACUCGAUACAUUACGCCCUAGCCGCCGUGGCAAGUUGGGUGGAGUUCUUCGUCGAAGUACAUUUUGUUCCCGACAUGAAAACCUACAAACUAUUAUGGAUCCUUGGCGUAUUGAUGUGUUUCGCCGGCGAAUCGCUGCGAAAGGUGGCAAUGAUAACGGCUAGCAAAAACUUCAGUCACAUAGUACAAUUCGAGCGACAUAACGAGCAUGAACUUGUUACGCAUGGAGUUUAUGGCUGGAUGCGGCACCCGUCUUACGUGGGAUGGUUCUACUGGUCCGUCGGAACGCAGAUCACUCUAGGCAAUCCUGUUUGCUUCGUGAUCUACGCCAUCGCCAGCUGGAAAUUUUUCCACGAUCGAAUACUGAUGGAAGAAAUCACACUACUUAACUUCUUUGGCGAAGAGUACGUUCAAUAUCAGGAGCGUGUUCCCACCGGUCUUCCCUACAUCCAUGGGUUCCGCGUGGAACCAUGAUAUUUAGAGCAGGAUCCCGACUUGGAGGAUCAACACAAUUUCCGCUUGGGUAAGGGAGAUGAGACUGAAGGCAUUCGGGAAGGCGGUAGUCUACCAUUGGAGGACCCAUUCGAUCGAGUUGUUACAGAAGCAAGGGUAAGCAUGGAAAGAAAAAGGAGCGUUAGUGGCGGAACCGACAGCGCAGGGUUUCUUAAUGGAGGAAAACGACGAUACUCGGGUAGUUAUGAUAACUGUGACGACCUUGAUGCGUCAUCGAUGGUCUAGAAUCAAUCAUCUUACAAUAGGUGACAAUCGGCCCCUCGGCAGGAAGGCAACUUAAAAAUAGCUCAAGCUGCAUAUGCUUAAAAUAGGAAAGUCAUGCCGGUGCAACAAUGGGAUGCAAUAGAAUAGAGCAUUUAUAUCGAUAACCAGUCGACUGAUAGCUUCGCAUAAGUCCGAUGUCUUAUGGUCGAUUACUCUACAAAGAAAAGCACAUUAAUACACAUACCAAAUACAGUGUAAAAGCUCUAUAAAAAGGUAUAUUUAUAUUUUUUCUACACCUUAGGCUUAGUAUGGUUGUACUAAUUUAUGUGUAUUGUUUUUUUUCCUACAAAACUCAGUGCCAGACAGAAUGGUUAU